AUGGUGGUGCCUAUCGCUGCUCUAUAUACGCCAUUAAAGGAGAGAGAAGGCAUACUGCCCGUCCAGGCGGAACCAGUCACUUGUAAACCACCUUGUCGCGCAGUCCUCAAUCCAUAUUGUCAAAUCGACGUACGAGGAAAACUAUGGAUUUGUCCAUUCUGCCUACAACGAAACCAGUUUCCUCCCCACUACAAGGAUAUCUCAAACAACUACCUCCCACCCGAACUAUUAGGCCAAUACACCACCAUAGAAUACGUCCUGCUCUCGCGUCCACCCGCUCAACCCCCGAUAUUCGUAUAUGUCGUAGACACCUGCUUGGACGAAUCGGAUCUAAAGGCACUCAAAGACUCGCUCGUCGUGUCACUCUCGCUCUUGCCUCCUCAAGCUCUUGUGGGACUGAUUACCUAUGGGACGAUGGCUCAAGUGCACGAGUUGGGAUAUAGUGAAUGUCCGAAAUCGUAUGUGUUUAGAGGGAGUAAAGAAUAUAGCUCAAAGCAGAUUCAGGAUAUGCUGGGGAUGGGUGGGAUGACUGCUGCUAGGCCACAGCCUAAUGUGAGGCCUGGCCAGCCUGGUGCACCGCCUGGAACUGUUGGAGCUUCAAGAUUCUUGCUGCCAGUUGCUCAAUGUGAAUUCCAAUUGACUGCCAUUCUGGAACAGCUACAACGUGAUCCAUGGCCUGUCGCCAGUGAUCGACGUCCACUUCGAUGCACAGGUGUUGCUUUAUCUGUUGCUCUUGGUUUGUUGGAGUCAAGCUUCCAACAAGCAGGAGCACGAAUCAUGCUCUUCUCUGGCGGUGCAUGCACAGAAGGUCCUGGUCUCAUAGUAGGACCCGAACUACGUGAACCAAUCAGAACUCAUCACGAUCUCGACAAGGAUACAGCCAAACACGCCAAAAAAGCAUCCAAAUUCUAUGAAGCGCUAUCGAAACGAGCUGCUGAUAAAGGUUUUAUAGUUGAUGUCUUUGUUGGAUCGCUUGAUCAGAUUGGGUUGAUGGAAAUCAAGUCAUUGCCCAAUUAUACGAAUGGUGUUAUGGUCUUGAGUGAUGCAUUCCAUAUGACUAUAUUCAAGGAGUCGUUCAUUCGGAUGUUUACAAAGGAUGCUGAUGGUGCUUUGACUAUGGGAUUCAAUGCUUUACUUGAUGUUCAGACAACCCGCGAAUUGAAAGUAUGUGGUCUUAUUGGACCUGCUACUUCUGCCAAUAAGAAGGGUCCGGUGGUCGGAGAAACUGAAAUUGGAAUAGCAGGAACCAGUGCAUGGAAGUUAUGUGGCAUAACACCCAAAACGUCCGUGGCAAUAUACUUUGAGGUCGCAUCUCCUCAGCAAGCAACAAUCCAACCUGGAAGUCGUGGGCUGAUUCAAUUCACUACGAGUUAUCAACAUGCUAAUGGGCAGUAUCGAUUGAGGGUUACUACUAUUGCGAGAAAUUGGACUGAUCCAAACUCGAAUGAAAUACCACAAUCAUUCGAUCAAGAAGCUGCAGCUGUGCUCAUGGCGCGUAUCGGUACCUUCAAGGCUGAGAUUGAUGAUGGUCCUGACGUAUUGAGGUGGCUUGACAGAAUGUUGAUUCGUUUGUGUCAGAAGUUUGCAGAUUAUCGGAAGGAUGACCCAUCUUCCUUCCGUCUGUCUGAAAACUUUUUGAUCUAUCCUCAAUUCAUGUUCCAUUUGAGGAGGAGUCAAUUCUUGCAGGUGUUUAAUAAUUCACCUGAUGAGACUGCAUAUUACAGACACUGCUUGAACAAGGAAGACUUGAAUAAUUCCUUGAUCAUGAUCCAACCAACACUAAUGUCAUAUAGUUUUACAGGUCCACCACAACCCGUAUUACUAGACUCCAUCUCUAUAAAACCUGACGUAAUUCUCCUCCUCGACACCUUCUUCCAAAUCCUAAUCUGGCACGGCGAAACCAUCGUCGCAUGGCGUAAAGCCCGAUACCAAGAACUACCCGACUAUGCCAACUUUAAGGAUUUACUAGAAGCACCAAACACAGACGCCCGAGAUUUACUAGCUGAGCGAUUCCCAAUCCCGCGAUUUGUGGUUACCGAUGCUAAAGGAUCUCAAGCUAGGUUUUUAUUAUUCAAAGUAAAUCCGUCUACGACCCAUACCACUGCUGCAGCUGCUAAUUUUGGUGGGUAUGGUGCUGCUGGAGGUGCUAAUCAGCAACAGGGGCAGGCUAUACCUACUGAUGAUGUGUCGUUGCAGGUGUUUAUGGAGCAUUUGAGGAAGUUGGCUGUGCAGAACUCGUCGUAG